GCUGUUGUCAGUUUUGCAGGGAAAAGUGGCAAGUUGGACGUGUGACGACGAAGCAGUGGAGAAGUUACACAAUAUAACCAAAAACGUUAAUAAAUCAAGUUUUUUGCCUAUAGUCUGUUAGUGAAAUUUAAAGUGUAUAGUGGCUAGCUGUUUCUGCGAGCUCAAGCUGAUACCUAGUUCGGGAAAAUAUUAGGAAUAGGUCCAUAUCAUCACAAAAGAAAUUAGCAGGCUUGCUAGUCGAGCUAGCCAACAGCAGCGUUUGCUUGUUACCUCGCGAUAAAACCAUAACUUAGGUUUCCGACAAGGCGAAAUCACUUACGAAGUUCUGUGAGUAACUUCGAACAGAUUAAGUAAAAGUUCACGGUAUAUUCAAAAAGUCAGAUAAUUGAGUUAUUUGAAGUUGUGAAGUGUGGUCGGUUUGCAGAGGCUUCCACUAAGGAUGUCUUGUAGAAGUGGAGUUGGCAGGGGGGGCACCUCGGGUGUUCAACCCCUCAAAGCCACAGUCCCCUUCCAGCUACACAACAAAGCCCAGCCGCGUCCGAGGGAUGCCAAGACAGCUGAGAAGACCAAGUCACGGCCUCCGAAACCGAGCAUUCGCCGGACCCUGUCUCUGGACAACAUGGUGGGCCCCUACCUGCAGGGCCAGUGGCCCAAGGAGCCGCACCAGGCAGCCUCCUGCGUCAACGACAAAGCCACUCAGACGCCCAGCACCUGGUCGGACGAGUCGCGGGGCCGGAGGGCGGGCGUGGGCCACAAGCGCUCGGCGUCCUGGGGCAGCGCGGAGCACCUGAAGGACAUCGCCAAACUCAAACACCACCUGCAGAAGCGCUCCAAGCACGGGGUCCCAUCGGGCCACGGGCGGGACCCCCAGCAGCAGCAGCACCCCCCGCCCGCGGGCCACGCCCUGGGGGCCACGCAGACGAUGCCCCUCACACCCCUGUGCCGAGUGACCCCCCGCCUGCGCCACAGUGUGGAGGGUUUGAACCUGGAGCUGGAGAGGGUGUUUGUGCACGAGAGCCCUGCAGAGCGACAGCAGAUCCUGGACGUCCCGGACGGCCACAGAGCCCCGGUGCCCGCCCAGAGGUGCAGCAGCGACUCGCAGAGCGACCCCUCGCCCGCACUCCUCUCUCCUCCCCCCUCCCCCUGCUCUGCGGGGGAAACAGCGGACACGGCGGACUCCGGGACCCUGUGCUCCUCCCCCUCGCCCCCCCCGGGCAGCGCCGGGCCCUCUCCCUGCUCCCCGCGUCCCCGCAAGACCUGCAGCUUCCAGAGGGAGCCGCCCGAGGGUUGUGAGAGAGUGCGCGUGUGUGAGGAGGCGCUCUCUCCGUGUGAGGGCCAGGCUGCCCCACGCCCCUCCUGCCCCGACCCCAACAAGGUAAACUUCACUCCCCACGGAGGCUCCGCCUUCUGCCCCGUCAGCCUGCUCAAGCCCCUCCUCCCCUCCAUGGACAUCCUGUUCCGCAGCCUAUCGGUGUCCCCCGUCGCGGCCCGCCCGGGGCAGGGCGGGGCUCCCGCGGUGGGCGGGUACCUGGGAGCCCUCCCGGACUCUGCCACCACCGCCAUGUGAUUGGGCAGCGGAGCGGAGGAGGCGGAGACUGUGAAACAGCCACCGGCUCUCCCGUCUUUCGGCGAGGAUUUUCCCCCCAAAUGGAGGAAGAACCCCAAAUCGAUCCACAAAAAAAGUGCUUCUCCCACCUCUGUGCAGAUUCUGAGUCAAAACUGCUUUGGUCUCUCUCUGUGUUUACGUCAGUACGAAGACUCACUCCCUCUGGGUGCUCACACACCCCACCUGCUGGACAGUAGGAACACUGACAUCUCACAUGAGGACUACUGAAGGACCUAUCGCAUUGCAGCUGUGCCUGUGACACCAGGACUAAAGGACCUAUUGCCUCGCAGGCGUGCCUAUCACAUGACGGCUAAAGGACCUAUCGCAUCACAGACUGUGCCUGUGCGUCACACUGUACACACUGUUUGUUGGCUUUGUGCACGAAGCCAGGCGUCACAUCUUUCAAUGAGAAAAAUGAAACUUCACUGUGUUUUGUAUGUUAGCCUGAUAGAAAAGACACUGAAGACAAAAAAUGUUGACAUUUUUGUCUGCUUUAAUGGACGGCAAUAGUCUGUGGUUCCAUUUUGCUUGCAUGUCACGGGGGCGGGGUGGCAAGCGUUCUUAAUGGCGUUCCAGCGCCUGAAACACGAACAAACUAAGAACGUCGGGGCAGACCGCUGGUAGUCUGAAUGUGGCCAAUCGAUUGAUCGUUAUGAACUUCCGGAGCCGAAAGCGCGGUCGCGACGUACAGCGCAACCCUAGCGCCGCUACGAAUUCGCCGUGAAUUCUGAAGAGUGCGUUGCGUGUGGCGGUGCCCGCGAGGCUUUCCCGUGCGUGGCGCUCGGGUCCGUUUUCGCUUUGCCACGUCGAAGCAGAACAGACCUGGCGUCGCUUCAGGUACUGACACAAGCAAGGCUAAGGUUCGAAAGCAGCAGCAGCAGCAGCAGUUGCUGCAGUAGUAGCAGUAUUUAGUUAACAGUGCCACAUACGCCCCAUGAUCAAAUCACUCGCUGUAGCCUUUCGUGUCUGACAUCUAUUAGCACCAAUCUUUGAGAAAUACUGAGACGGUAAAUGGGCAAUGUUUCACUGUGUUUAAAAAUAAAUAAAAAUAAAUAAAUAAAAAUCUAAUGUAACAAUCUGAGAUUAAAUUAUCCCUUCGAAACAAACCAAAAAUACCACAAAUACCAAUGCUGGAUGGUUUUAAUAUUUAAUUAUAAAUAUUUAUUUGCAGUGUCAGCUUAAAGGAUGUUCAUUUUUUAACCGAAGUCAAACCCAGGAUGGGGAGCUCUGUAUUAUAAAUAAAGGCAGGGUUAUAACUUUUCAGACUUAAAAAUUGUACAAAACUGCAGUUACACGAAUGUACUGCAAGGUAUGAAGCAGAGUGCACUGCGAUGAAGUAUGAUGCUUUAUGUACAAUUUGAAGUUGUUCAGUUUUGAGGUACGGAGGCAUUUUCUGCUUCAGUUUAAUUUGACAGCAUUUAAAUGCUUCAACAGUGUGCUCUGGUCCAAUACAUAAUGUCGUCCCACUGGGAAACAGUGAGACAUUUAAAGUAUUUCUUAUGGUUCCGUUUAUAUUUGCCAGGCCCGUGGCAUGUUCUGCCCAGUGCUUCUGUUUGGUUUGAGUUGUGCCAAAACGCUGAGACGUGAAACGGACAGUCCCAUACAACAACAGCAGCAACCCCUGGCCCCCUAAAGCAUGGCUUUGUAAAGUGUGAGACGAGACCUCUAAACAAAGAUUUACAUCCGUCUUGUAUUUAUGACCUUCAGAGUAUAGGCUACAGCAGAAUAGUCACACGCUUACCUGUGGUAAUUUCCCCCAGGCUCUGCUUCAAAUGGAUAAUGAUAAUCAGUUUGUUUAUAAAGUUCUAUUUUUACACUCUGGCACGUUUCUCUAGAGAACCAUUUUGAAAUGAGUUUUUAAGCCAGAUUUUUUUUUUUUUCAAUGACACAACGUGUUUGGGUAAGGCCUUACUCUGUUUCAGACCAUUUAUUUUGUCAUGAAUUUCACUUUAAUAAGCCAAUUAGACGGACUGUAUACUACUUAUGUAUGUUAAAAUAUAUGCUUAAACAAUAGUGCUGUUUUUUUUUUUUUCUUCCACUUUUGGCAUCUUACUGACGUUUUGUAAUGUAUUUUGACCAAAAGAUGUAUAUGAACAAUGCACUGUUUUUCUCAUUCAAUAUGGAGAGUUAAACUUCCUGUAUAUAUGCUGUGUAGAUGUUUGUGAACAGCAUUACAGGGAAAAUAAAUAAAUUUUGCAGCACUCUGAA